AUGGGCAAGCGGGUUAAAUCAAACCCAACUACUCAUAUCUACGAAUGGCCUGUUAUUUACGCCAGGGUCCAGAGUCCGCUGGCAACUACACCCGAACAGAGAACUCGUGGAGUGGAUGUCGCCGGUGGCUUUGUCGGCACUAUCAUGGAGAAGCCGGACUGGGACGAAAUGGUCUUCAGCGAGGACAUUGUCCGCAAGGGGGAGUACGAGACUUACUUCACCAGGAAGAUGUUUGAUUACGUAUUGGCUCCAAUCGAUGAUGUACCUGACAAGCCCAAGGACUGGCAUCCGUAUACCGGCGAAAUCGUUCUGGACUUAGUCCACCCUUUUGCCUACUGGAGCGGUGCCGCUGUAUCUCAGGAGAUCAGAAGCAUCUACAAGCGCUCCGCUCAGACCUGGGGCGCCGAUGAUUUUGAAUGGGUGGAGGCAUGGGACGAAUAUCAAUGGUUCCCAGCUGACCUAGAGUUUGCUGAAGAUGGAAGCAUCAAGAUCAACAGCUAUAUCAACAAAAUUCACCCAGUGCACCACGAGGAUCUCUAUCAUGUGCUGGAAAGAAUAGUCGACCGCACUAUUCCGCAUUGGAACAAGACGCUGACCUGGCGUCGAUAUCCUUGCCACAUCGAUACCGGUUUGGGAAGCAAUGACGACUGGGAAGUGCCCGUGCCUGAGCGUGCCCAGUCCCCUGAAUGGAACCCCCCUGAAGGUUGGGAUAUGGAGAAGCAUUGUGAUAAACAUCAAGACAAAGACUAUCACGAGAAAUGGGACCAGUGGUUCGAGAGUGUCAAGAUUCUGGACAUCCCAGAAGCGGAAGAUGAGAGGCCUUUUUCGGCCACUCCAAAGCCUUCUAGGAAUGAUAUCAUUGACCUGCGCAGCAAACCCAAAGGCAGCGGUCUACAGGUUAUCCUCAAACUUGCGAAUAUUCAUCUGGAUCCCGACGACCGGAGUACGAAGAUGGGACAUGGAUGUAGAGGGAGCACUGAACGAGCACAUUUGCGUCACUGCCCUAUUCUAUUAUGA